UUCCAAAAGAGUCAGGCUUAGGGUGCUAGAUGAAAGUUUCAGGUAAAUUCAAUUUGUUUUUCAGGCCCGAGUCCCAGCCCUUCUGAAAGAAAGCAACUGUGACAAGAGGCUGGAAAGAGGGAGUCCAUGCCAGGUCCUGCCACUGAGAACGACCCAUUUGACAUAGACCUGUUUCAGAACUUCAGGGCCAAGGCAGAAGAUUCUAGAAAGGCACAAGUUCUGAUUUGCUUCACCUGAGGCAGUUCUUGGUUCCCUGCGUAGCAUGAAUGAACCUUCACAGGCCUCUACUCUCUUCCAGGAGCAGCACAAAAUGAACAUGGCUCAGGGAUCCGUGUCAUUCGAGGACGUGACUGUGGAACUCACCCGGGAGGAGUGGCUGCAGAUGAGCCCCGGGGAACGGAGCCUAUACAGGGAUGUGAUGCUGGAGAACUAUGGCCACCUCAUCGCAGUGGGUGAGCAGACCUGCCACGGGAAUCCUUCUGUAUCAUGUUUGCUUUUUAAAAAAAUUUUCAAGACACAUAGAUUCUUUAUAGUGAUUAAAGGCUUCAUAAUUGAAGCCUUUACAGAAACAAAAACAGUUUUUGUCAUUAUCUUCCUUUCCAAAACAUCAGAUGAAUAUU